AUGGGCGCCCUCCAGCUCCCCGGGGUGGUCCUGGUCCUCGCGCUGCUCUUUCCGGUCGAUGCAGGCAAAAAUUUCUGGCUCUUCCGGCAGCACAUCCUGCAGCAGCGAGAGAAACAGGCCGCUGAAGAUGCUUCCGGUCGCCUGCAGCUCCUGGGACAGGGGCUGGAUGCAGGGGUGUGGAGCCAUCUCGACAACGGCAUCCUCCAGCAACCGCUGGACCACUUCAGCUGGCAGGACCGCCGCACCUUCAACCAGCGGUUCCGGGCAAACAGGCUUUUCUGGCACCCUCAUGGGCCCAUCUUCCUCUACAUUGAAGGCGAAGGCACCUUGUCGGACUAUUCCGUGCUCUCAGGGCACCACGUGGAGAUGGCCAGGAAGUAUGGCGCCCUGGUGGUGGCCCUGGAGCACCGUUUCUAUGGCGCCAGCCUCAACCCCGACGGGCUGGAGGACCACAACCUCCGGUUCCUGACCAGCCAGCAAGCCCUGGCCGACCUCCUGUCCUUCCACCGCUUCAUCACCCAGAAGUACGGCCUGAUGCCCAGCCACACCUGGAUCUGCUUCGGGGGCUCAUACGCCGGCAGCCUGGCCGCCUGGCUCAGGCUCAAGUAUCCCCACCUGAUUUUCGCUGCUGUGGCUUCUUCCGCCCCCGUCCGAGCCCAGCUGGAUUUCACGGGCUACGUCAAGGUUGUUGCUGCAGGUCUCUCCAAUCCCAUGAUCGGGGGCUCCCAAGAGUGCCUGGGUGCCGUGGCCGAGGCCUUCUCCGCCGUGGACAGCCUGGUGCGUGCCGGGCAGCUGGCCCGGCUCGCACGGGACUUCCGCUCCUGCCGGGCCUUGCAGGGGCCGGACGACUCCAUGGAGCUGCUGGGCAACCUGGCCGACAUCUUCAUGGGCCCCGUGCAGUACAACGCCGAAAGCCCACUGUGGACCGUGGCGCACGCGUGUGGCCCGAUGACCGACCGCAGCAAAGGCCCCGCCUACCAGAGGCUUGUGGCGGCCAAUGACAUGUACUUAGCCUUGCUGGAUGCGCAGUGCACACAGAAUUCGUACGCAGCAGAGGUGGAGGAGCUGCGCAGGACCCGGGUCGCUGGAUCGCGCAUGGAGAGGCAGUGGCUCUUCCAGACGUGCACGGAGUUUGGCUACUACCUGACCUGCGAAGAUCCCGCCUGCCCCUUCUCCCGCCUUCCCAACCUGACUGCUUCCCUGUGGACAUGCCUGCGGGUCUUCAACGUUUCCCCUCGCAGCGUCCAGGAAGCGGUGGCCUUCACCAACGACUACUAUGGGGCCGAGCACCCAAGAGCGUCCCGUGUCCUGUUUGUUAAUGGUGACGUCGACCCUUGGCACGUGCUCAGCGUCCUCCAGAAUCAGACCCGCUCCGAGCGGGCCAUUCUAAUCAGCGGCACGGCCCACUGUGCCGACAUGCUGGCAUCCAUGCCCUCCGACCCGCUGCCCCUCGUCCGGGCCAGAGAGCAAAUCGUGGCCCAGGUUGGCGAGUGGCUGGAAUUAGCCAGGAAGAGGCAGCAAGAGACCUGA